UGUGAACAAGAUACUAUCCAGAGGAAGAUCACAGGAUGGUGACGACUCUGACCGCUCCCCACCUCCCCCCACCCCCGCCCUUCUCAAUGAUUAACUGAGAUCACUUCUCUGUUUCCCUUUGAAAACUCAUGGCCGAGAAGAAUCUUUGGAGGUGGUUUCUUGGGGACGCUGAGUCCCCCAGGACCUCCCCAGACUGCCGGCAUUCUGAUUAAAAGCAGCUUUCCUGUCUACCAUUUGUGAGUACUGAUUUUGUAAGCGGAGAGCAGCAGGUCCCCCUAUUCCAUAACAAGACGGCUGCUGUCACGGCCUCCCAACCAGGCUCUCAGCUCAGAUCCACAGCGCAGCCACGAACAUCUUCCUAGAAACGUAACUGUGAUCGUGUCGCCCCCGCUCCCGCCUGGUCUGGCCCCACACCCCGUCCCCAGGCCCAGGGCCUUCGUACAGGUCCGGGCCCUCCGCCUGCUAGUCUUCCCUUCCUGCCUAGUUAAGGUAAGGCCUGCGCCCGCUUCCAGAAGAACCCAGCUGGACAUCACGCCCUCGGGGCGACCUCACAUCCUUCUUUCGUUUACCAGCCUGUUCACAGGGCGCCCGCCUAAGCCACACACGACACACAUACACACUGCCGCAACAAACUCCGACUGUCUCGGACAACUGCGCGUGCCAAGAGGGAAGCUGAUGGCCUGGCGGGAAGGGGGCGUGGGCGGAGAGCCGGACUCGCCAACUGAAGCCGGGGAGCGGCGGGCCAGGCGGAACUCAGGACGCCGAGAACAUGCUUCCGGCCGGGCCUCUUCUGCGAGAGCGCCGCCGAGGGGCGGGACUUCCGGUGGCAGUGGCGGCGGCGGCGGCGGCGGCGGCGGCGGCGGCGAGGAAAGGUGGAAGCGGGCGAUGCAGGGGGCGCGGCACGUCGUGUGCGCCGUGUCGGGCGGAGUGGACAGCGCCGUGGCCGCGCUGCUGCUGAAGCGGAGAGGUUACCAGGUGACAGGGGUGUUUAUGAAGAACUGGGACUCGCUGGAUGAGCAUGGGGUUUGCGUGGCUGACAGAGACUGCGAAGAUGCCUACAGAGUUUGCCAGAUCCUCGACAUCCCCUUCCAUCAAGUGUCCUACGUGAAGGAGUAUUGGAAUGACGUGUUCAGUGAUUUUUUAAAUGAAUAUGAAAAAGGAAGAACUCCCAAUCCUGAUAUACUCUGCAACAAGCAUAUCAAAUUCAGUUGUUUUUUUAAUUAUGCUGUGGAUAAUCUUGGAGCAGAUGCAGUCGCUACGGGUCACUAUGCAAGAACGUCCCUGGAAGAUGAAGAGGUCUUUCAGCAGAAGCACGUUAGGAGGCCAGAAGGACUUUUCAGAAAUCGAUUUGAAAUUAGAAAUGCGGUAAAACUUCUCCAAGCAGCUGACAGCUUUAAAGACCAGACCUUCUUUCUCAGCCAGGUUCCCCAGGAUGCUCUGAGGAGAGCCCUCUUCCCCCUGGGGGGAUUAACGAAAGAGUUUGUAAAGAAAAUAGCUGCUGAGAAUAGACUUCAUCAUGUGCUUCAGAAAAAAGAGAGCAUGGGUGUCUGUUUCAUUGGUAAAAGAAAUUUUGAAAAUUUCAUCCUUCAGUAUUUACAGCCUCGACCUGGUAAAUUUAUUUCUAUAGAAGACAAUAAAGUUCUGGGAACGCAUAAAGGUUGGUUCCUAUAUACUUUGGGCCAGAGAGCCAACAUAGGUGGCUUACGGGAGCCCUGGUACGUGGUGGAGAAGGACAGCACAAGGGGCGACGUGCUCGUGGCCCCCCGGACAGACCACCCGGCCCUGUACAGGGACCUGCUGCGGACCGGCCGCGUGCACUGGGUGGCUGAGGAGCCGCCCGCAGCCCUGGUCCGCGACAAGAUGAUGGAGUGCCACUUCCGGUUCCGCCACCAGAUGGCGCUAGUGCCCUGCGUGCUGACCCUCAAUCAAGACGGCACUGUGUGGGUGACGGCCGUGAAGGCUGUGCGGGCUCUCGCCCUGGGACAGUUCGCUGUGUUCUACAAAGGGGGCGAGUGCCUGGGCAGUGGGGAGAUCCUGCGCCUGGGGCCGUCCGCCUACGCACUCCUGAAGGGCAGGAGCAGGCCCGGUGUGGCCGUGGAGGGCUCCAGCAGCGGCCGCGGUGACAGCCCGCGCCGGGAGCCCACGCCCUGACGGAGGCCGAGCGGCUGCCGCGGAGCUCACGGGAGGAGACGCGGAGGAGCGGCGCCGGGGGCGGGGCCGCCAGGGGCUCGGCCACCGCUGCCCGCACCCGCUGCCCCGGUCCCGGCCCGGCCGGCCAAGCUUCCGGGCCAUUUCAGAGCCAGGGGGAGCCCGUCCUUCUCUGCUCGCUGGCUGGCGGGUCUGUCCCAAGUGCCCCACGGGUGGAGUUCCUCUUUCGCACCCCUUAGAGGGCUUCCCCUCUGGGGGCACGCGAAGGGGACCUGUGGGGGGGGGGUGGGCUGCAGGGGCAGUCCCCAAUAAAAA